ACACGCACACAACGAUGGCGCUGUGCCCGAACCGGAGGCUCGUUCGGUCGCUCGCUCGCUCGUCGAGAUCACUCUCAACUCGCCCUCGAACCAGCAACGACCAGACUCCGUUGACCGGCUACUUGUGCAGAAGAAAAAAACACUAAGCGUAAUCCAAGUGACCAGAUUGCAUCAGAGAGAACGAAGAGUGUGUAUCAACCGAAGGACUGUUAAUCCAGCCCAAAAGUGUCAUCAUUCAAAACGAACUAAUCACGAGUGGACAAAACGGUGAUUUUUCUCGGGUUGCUUCAAUCGCGAUCACGAUCGACGGAAAGACGCGUUUGUGUGCCGCCUAUUAGGUACUGGCUAGCGAAGCGCGCGUGAAGGUUGUGUCGUUAGUGGUCGGCAGUGUUCCGCUCCGCUCAUCAAAAGGUUAAGCGACGGACGCGCGUUGGGUGGAAAUCUAAUUGUUGUAGCAAUCCACCUCGAGUGUCCCCGUGUCGUUUCGUGCGUGCGUGUGCUCUGGUAGUAGUGGUGUGCAAACGGAUGCUCCAAAUGAUUGCCGUUGCCGUUGUCAUCAGUUCCGAUUACUCAAACCGUUCGUGUCACCGUUCGUGUUAAGCCGCCAUUAAGCGCCACGUUCCGGGCGGCGCCUUCGUAUUCGUAGCAAACUUUUCAUCGCAGACGACGGUGACGGUCUUAGUAGCCAUGGUGCGCAGUCUGUCGCAGUGGACCAAGACACUGAGCUUUCCGGCUCGCAUCUCACCGAACCGGAACUCGAAGGAUUGCAAUGUGAACGUGUUGCCGAUAACGCCACCACCGCCACCAUCGGUCGUGGCAUCGGCGACACCGUCGCGUAACAACAAAUCGAUCUCCUGUACGACCUCGUCCUCCAGCACGAUGUCAUCGUCAUCGUCCCCCUCUUCCUCGUCGUCAUCCUCACCGACACCACCACCCAACGUACCGAUCACCGAGAUCAGUCAAAUCAUCUAUCCCGACCCGGAGUCCGAGAAGGCCAUUAUGGGCUCAUUGGUAUUCUGUAUUCAUCACAAGCAAGGCUGCAAAUGGUCCGACGAGUUGAGGAAGCUAAAGGCUCAUCUGAAUACGUGCAAACACGAUGCCAUCCAGUGCCCGAACAAGUGCGGUUCGCAGAUCCCGCGCGUCAUGAUGACGGACCAUCUGGCGUUCACCUGCAUCCUGCGGCGUGCCAUCUGCGAGUUCUGUAACGUCGAGUUUACGGGGCUGGGACUGGAGGAGCACGCCGGCACCUGUACCGCCGAACCGAUCUACUGCGAGUCCAAGUGUGGUACGCGCGUGCUACGCGGCCGCAUGUCGAUCCACCGUGCCAAAGACUGUGCCAAGCGGUUACGCCGCUGCCCGCACUGUAGCCGUGAGUUCAGUGCCGAUACAAUGGCCGCCCAUGGUGCGACAUGUCCGCGCAGUCCCGUACCCUGUCCGCAGCGCUGCGACGUAGGUCCGUUUGCCCGGGCUGACCUGGAGGCCCAUCUGCGGGACGAAUGCAAGGCGCUGACGGUACCCUGUACGUUCAAGGAGGCUGGUUGCCGCUUCAAGGGACCGCGCCAUCUACUGGAGGCUCACCUGGAGGCGAACACAUCGGCGCACCUGUCGCUUAUGGUGGCUCUCUCGGGACGACAGGGUCAGCAGAUCAACAUGCUGAAGAGUGCGAUGGCCAAGCUGAGCAUUAACUAUACCGGUACGCUGCUGUGGAAGAUCAGCGAUUGGUCGGUGAAGAUGCAGGAAGCGCGCACGAAGGAUGGACUCGAGCUGGUGUCACCACCGUUCUACACCAGCCAGUAUGGUUACAAGCUGCAGGCAUCGAUGUUCCUGAAUGGCAAUGGACCCGGCGAGGGCACGCACGUGUCCGUUUACAUUAAGGUGCUCCCGGGCGAGUACGAUGCUCUGCUCAAGUGGCCUUUCUCGCACUCCGUUACCUUUACGCUGUUCGAGCAGGGUACACUGGGUAGUGGAGGCUGCGGUGGUGGCCAGGGUGGUGUCGCUGAAUCCUUCGUACCGGAUCCCACGUGGGAGAACUUCCAGCGACCGUCGACGGAGCCGGAUGCGCUUGGAUUUGGUUUUCCGCGCUUCGUGUCGCAUGAACUGCUUGGCCGGCGUCCGUUCGUGCGGGAUGAUACCGUGUUCCUGCGCGUCAAGGUUGAUCCUAGCAAAAUUGUGGCCGUGUAAAAGCGGCGGGACCGUGGAUGAAUAGUGACCAGAGCUCCUGUUCCGGAGACGAAUUGUAAAUAGCAUUCGAUUGCGCACAAAAUCGAAAUCCCAGAAUCCCGUUUCAAUUGUACAUACAUCCUUCACAUCCUGCGCUACUCACGAUAUUCCUAAACCCCGAAAUCAUGCCCCUCUCCCUUUAUCAUUCGAUCGUAUGCAGACUCUCCGGUCGGAGAGACGAUCACGAUCACGUGAUUGAGCUACGGUGGAGGGGCAGCGGCAUCAUCAUAUCACGUGCGUCGCUUUCUGUUUCGUUUCGAAAUGCGUAAACGGAACGGGG